AAGCACAAGUGUCCCAUCACUUUUGUGAGACACUGUACUAACUGCUGCUUCGAUUUUCUCCUUUAGGAUAACUUAUUGAAGCUGGCAGAUUUCGGCAGCUGUAGAGGAAUCAAUACAAAAAGGCCUUACACAGAGUACAUUUCCACGCGCUGGUACCGACCACCGGAAUGUCUACUUACUAGUGGCUACUAUAGUUACAAAAUGGACAUGUGGGCCGCGGGCUGUGUUUUCUUUGAAGCACUAACGAAUCUUCCCCUUUUUCCUGGAAGCAGUGAAAUCGAUCAGUUGUCUAAAAUCCACAGCGUUUUGGGUACGCCGAAACCUUCCGUUAUCGCCAAACUCAGGCGGCACAAGCGACUGAAUGGUGUAGACUUCAGCUUCCAACCUCACACAGGAAUCGGCUUAGCCAUUUUGACACCUGGCGCUUCGCAGGAAGCUCUGCAGUUACUGUCCAGUCUUUGCGCUUAUGACGAGGACGACAGACCUUCCGCCCGCCAAGCUCUCAACAGCCAGUACUUCACAGAUCUAAGGCUUGCCGAGAAGUACCAACACUCCGGACGUAUUUCAUCUCGAAACACGGGUAGGAGGACGGCAUCAGAUUCCAAACACGCUUCUCCCCUCUCACCCAGGAGCGGACACACUUCCCGAAUCGAAGACACGUCUCAUCCCUCGACGAGAGAACGCAAGAAGCAGAAGUCGGAGCAGAUGUUACUUCUGCCCACUCUCGAAGUGAACGGUCACGGGUUGCGACAGGAACUUCACGGCAGUCGAAAUCUAGGCCUAGAGGCAAUAAAAUGUAAAACCAACAGAUCUGUGAACUUGCCUCCCAUACCUGGCAAAUCUAGGAAGAAAAAGACGAACAGAAAUCAUGGUCAGGACAAUCACGUAUCACAUCUUCCACCUAUCCAUCAACCUUGGAGGCCUUAGCUGCGUAUAACAACUUAUAAAAGAAGUGCGUAAGAAGUGAAUUCUGUUGAAGAAGCGGUGCUAUUUAUCAUAACAUUUAUAAAUACUUGCUUCUUCAGACUCUCUGAUGGAAGCAGUUCUGGAUACAAGCUCAGAUGUAUCAAAUGUUCAACUUUUUACUGUGUACAAAAUAAAAUUGAAUGUUCAUGAC